AUGAAUAAUAAAUAGAGGUAUUAAAAUUGGAAAAAAGCAAGAUCAGACAAAAGAGAUUAAAAACAAUAAUAAGGUUAAUAAUAAUAAUAAAUAACAUUACAUUAAUUGCAAUAAUUAAAUAAUUAAUAAAGUAAUAGUUAAGAUGAAAGUGAAGAUGAAGAUGAAUAAUAAAUAAAUAAAAAAGAGGAAAGAUUAAAUGAUAUUAAAUUGUUUAUGAUUGAUUAUGGAUAAUGUGAUGUUAAGAAAUGUACAGGUAGAAAAAUGGAAAGAUUUAAAUUAUUAACAGCAAUAAAACCAAAAGUCAAAUUUUAAGGAAUAAUAGUAAGUGCAAAUGGAAAGAAAUAUGUAUCUAAAGAAGAUGAAGAAUUAUUAUAAAAAGGAAUUUGUGUAAUUGAUUGUUCAUGGGCAAAGAUAGAAGAAAUUACUUAUGUAUCUCCAAAUGAAAGAUUAUUACCACAUAUGGUUGCUGUAAAUCCUGUUAAUUUUGGCAAAUAAUUUAAAUUAUCAUGUGUAGAAGCUAUUGCAGCUACAUUAGCUUUAUGUGGACGUAGAGAAUAAGCAGAUUUCAUUCUUAGUAAAUUUACAUGGGGUGAGAAUUUCUUUAAGAUAAAUAAAGAUGCUUUUGAUCUUUAUUAAGAAUGUCAGAAUGAUAAAGAAUUAAGAGUAGCAGAAUAAAAGUAUUUAGAAAUGGCAUAAAAGAAAGAGAAUACAGGAUAAAGGAAUUAUGAUAUGCCAAGUAGUUCUGAUGAUGAAGAAGAGAAUCAAAUUUAAUGA